AUGUCUCAAGCACCAUUCCCUUCUGCCAGCCUCCUGACAGAAGGUCUCCUCGAGCAGCGAUUGAAAACCGGGAAGAUUUCCGAAGCUCCUACUGACGACGAGAGCAUACAAGAUCAAGAUGAUGUGAAGCCCGAAACGGCCAUCAAUAUGCAGUCCAACCUUCCGUGCUCUCAGACAGAAGCGAUUGUCAUAGAAGACACACCUCCCACCGGCGCCGCCGAUACCAGUGGUGAUACUGGGCCUGCGCCACUGGAUAUUACUAGUGAAACAAAACUACCAGAACCGCCAGCAUCGACUGAGAGCAGUACACCAAAAGCUAUAGAUAUCCCUCGUCCAUCUCACAAAAGUGAUGAGUGGGCAACGAUCGAUACAGACGGCACAGAUGACGCGACGCUGAACUGGCUAGAGAAAGAGAUAGCAAAGCAAGACUUGGAGAAGGACACGACCAGGUCCAAGAAAGCCUCCGUGCUGAAGCAGAAACAUGGCACCUGGCCACUAUUACCUGGCGAGAAAGAGAGGUCGCCCCGAAAGUUUAUUUAUUCAGAGCCAGAUCGUAAUGUGGUCGUUCACCGAGGAUUCGGUGAUUUUGCAUUGCCCCGAUCCGCCGCCCUUGACGAGAAGCGCACAGCUUUCCCUCCUCUCUCAAACGAAUCUUAUGAUCUGACAACGUAUGGCCUCGACCCGAAAGUCCAAAAACUCUUGAAAAAGAUUGUGGUGGGUGAGAAUAUUGCCGUAGUCGCACCAGAAGACCCCACAGGGUCAGAUGACGAGUCGCACACAUUAGAUGGGAACGUAUCCGGUAUGUUAAAACGAUCCAACAUGGAAUAG